GACAAGCGGUCCACCGGACUCGCACCACGUUUCCGCUCGGGGUUCCAUCCUCCGACGACACGCAACGAUUGUUUUCUCCUCGCGUUUCUUCUUAACAUUGUUUGUUUAAUAUUAAUAAACGCCCCUCAUCGAAGAAUGAUUUUCUCCGCGUCACUAUUUUUCGUCGUACUUUUUUAAAUAUCGCUCUUUAAUUUCUGUGCUCGCGACGCGAAGCUUUUGAAAUAUUUAAAAAAAAACUGCGAUCUUGUUUCGGAUGGACUGUAAAGACGGAGCGACUUCCUCGCUGUGAAAUGACGUGAAACAGACAUCUGUUUUUUCGUAGUCGAACGAUCAUCUUCUGAACAUACGACUGGAGGAAAUUUCAUCUCAACCUAUUUUCAGCGAGUGCAAUCUCGGCGAGCGAGUCAACGAAAAUGAGGUACAAGGUUAACGACCCGGAGGACAAUGGACAGAAUGCCGAAAGCACCAGAAGACAAUCCGAAUCCUCUUGGCGGUACAACGGUUCGAACGACGUGAAAAAAACUAGCAAAGAAACGAGGCUGAUUAUAGUCGUUGGAUUGCUCGUAGUCGCUGUGAUAGCCCUCGUCGCGACGUUGGCCUUGCAGAUGGUAGUUUUCCGGAAGGAGGAGUACCGAGAGAUGUGUCAGAGUGAGGAGUGCAUCAAAACAGCUGCGAGGAUGAUCGAAGCGAUGAACAAGACGACCGAGCCUUGCGACGAUUUCUACAAGUUUGCUUGCGGAGGCUGGAUAGCGAGGCAUCCGAUUCCUCAAAGCCAAACUUCCUGGGACCAAUUGAGUUUGCUGCGAGAAGAAUUAUUGAAAAAUCUGAGAAUACUGCUUGAGGAACCCGACAAAAAAGACGAUCUCAGGCCGGUCAAGCUCGCGAGAGCACUCUACAGAACUUGUAUGGACACCGCUAGCGUGGAGAGUCUCGGACUAGUCCCAAUUUUCGAGAUUUUGAAAACGGUCGGGCUUCCGAGGGAGCCACCGUUCGACAACAAAACGAUCGUGCUCGAUCUCGCAAAAAUUGCGGGGGUUGCGCAACGGCAGUUGGGGCUAAAUCUCCUCGUAAACUUCUACAUCAGCGAGGACAUGAGAGACACGACGAGAAACCGAAUGAUGAUGGAGCAAGUCUCGCCCGGAUUCAGCGAACGUUAUCUCAUGGAACCGCAACGCUUCAAAUCUGAAUUGGCCGAGUACAAACGUUACGUUAAAGCGAUGGUGCAGUUGGCCGGCGGUGGAGAAAAAAGCGACGAGUUUGCCAACGAAAUUUUGGAAUUCAGCACGAAAAUAGCUAAAAUAAUGGCUUCGCAGGAGCAAAGAAUAAGCGCGAAUCAUUUGAUUCACGACGUGACGAUCGAUCGACUCCAACAGCUGACGGAUCUCUACGGACAGCAAUGGAAUUGGACGACUUACUUAAACGCAGUCUUCGAAAAUACGAACGUAACAUUGGAUUUGGAUAACGAUCGCGUCAUAAUAAUGGAUUUGAAUUAUUUACAAAAGCUACCCUUACUUUUGGCUGCUACGCCGUCUGCGACGAUUGCUCGCUUCGUAUGGUGGAGCGUGUAUUCGACCGUGGCGCCAUUGACUCUCCAAAAGUUCCGGGAUCUUGGUUUUCAAUUUUCGCAAAAAGUCUUUGGGCUGAAGGAAAAGACGCCGCGUUGGAAAGGCUGCACCGGAAACGUCAACUCGAACUUCGGCAUGGCGCUCACUUACGUAUACGUGGAAAAUCAUUUCAACGAGAGAGCCAAAGAAAAAGCGCUAGAAAUGUUGCUCGAUGUGAGAGCUGCUUUUGAUGAAAUGGUGGCGGAGCUCGAGUGGAUGGACGUCGGGACGAGAGCCCGGGCCCAUCGAAAACUCUACGCGAUGAGACCGUUCGUUGGCUUUCCGGAGUGGGUCACGGACUCGGAUAAAUUGGAGAAAUAUUAUGAGGGAGCGGAAGUAAUAGAGGGAAAAUUGUUCGAAACGUUUUUGAGACUCACCGACGUUGGGGCGAAAAAAAGUUUGAACAGUCUGCGAGAAAGACCGGACAAGGAUCGUUGGAUUUCAACCGGUACGACUGUGAACGCUUUUUACAGCGCGAUUUUAAAUUCAGUCACGUUUCCAGCCGGAAUUCUUCAUCCACCUUUCUACGGAAACGGAUUGGAAUCUAUUAAUUACGGAGCCAUGGGAGCGAUAAUGGGCCACGAAUUGACUCACGGAUUCGACGAUCAAGGCCGGAGAUACGACGAGAAUGGAAACGUUCGUCAAUGGUGGAGCGACGAAACACUCCAACAUUAUCACGAGAAGGUCGAGUGCAUAACGAAACAGUACAGCAAUUAUCAUUUGCCCGAACUGAGCAACAACUUCACGGUCAAUGGAAUGAACACGCAGAGCGAAAAUAUUGCGGAUAACGGCGGAAUAAGAGAAGCUUAUCGCGCUUAUCAGAGACUAAAGUCCAGGAGUUCGGGCCAGCAAGCUCUGCCCGGACUCGCCAAUUACACCGAAGAUCAAUUAUUUUUUCUCGGUUUUGCUCAGGUCUGGUGCGGGAAUUAUACGAACGGAGCGUUAAAGUCUAAACUCAUCGAGGGAGUCCACGCACCGAAUCAUUUCAGAGUGAUAGGAACUUUAUCGAACAACGCUGAAUUCGCUAAAGCCUGGAGUUGCCCGUUGGGAAGUCCGAUGAAUCCUUUACACAAGUGUAUUUUAUGGUAAAUCUCGUUGGAGAAAGAAAAGAAAACGUACGAGAGAAAUGGGAAAGGACCAAUUCUGUAUAUAGACUGAUUGUGAGAACACGAUAGAACAUGUAAAUAAUUAAUCAAGCAAUUUUAUUAUCGAAA